CACACUGGUUGUGUUCUGCACGAAGCUGACAGUAUGCAGUCACUAGUCAUCCAAGCUAUACUGAUCGCCCUCUGCGUUGUACAUGCAGAGUGCGGAGGAAGCAGGACGCCAUGUGCCUUUAUUUCACGAUCAUCUAAGAGCAAAAGAUACAUGGAACCUGUCUACAGAAGCAGGCGAGCGACCUGCGACUCAAGUGACACCUAUAGGACAGCUGAUGGCACGUGCAAUAACGUGGACAAUUCGGGCUGGGGAGCUGCAGGUGCUCAACUUGCGAGGUGGCUGGAACCUGAGUAUGCUGACGCAAUGGGAAACCCCAGAGCUCUGGCCACUGAUGGCUCAGACCUGCCUAACCCAAGAAGCAUCAGCAACCAUGUUCACUUUGAGCUGAGUUUCCUUUCCAUCAAACACUCCGUCAUGUUGAUGCAGUGGGGUCAGUUUAUUGACCAUGACAUUACGGGAACGCCGGUAGUUACAGAUAAUGGGAACGAUAUUGAGUGUUGCGACCGAACUGACUCUGUUCCGAGCGACACGGACUCUCCAUGUUUCCCGAUCAACCUUCCUGAUGGUGAUUUCUACUUUGGCGAUGGUAAAUGUAUGAACCUGGUGAGAUCGGAGGCUGUUUCCGGAACAGGCACGGAUUCCUCAAAUCCACGACAGCAGUACAAUGAAUUGUCCGCCUUCAUAGACGGUUCCCACAUCUAUGGCAUCUCAGACUCGGAGACGGCCGAGCUCAGAGACACUGACUCUGGAUCUGGAUUGCUGAAAGUGGGAACAAAUAAUCUUCUUCCGGAAGGAGAUUCAGGCGACUGCUUUCUUGAUACUUCUGAUCCAAGCAACUACUGUUUCAAAGCAGGUGACUCGAGAGUCAAUGUCUUCCCUGGACUUACGGCACUGCACACUCUGUUCAUGAGAGAACACAACCGUGUUGCAACAGCUCUCAAGGGCUUCAACAGUGGCUGGGAUGACGAGAAACUCUUCCAACAAGCAAGACGAAUAGUUAUUGCGGAAUUACAGGUAAUAACAUACAAUGAGUGGCUGCCUGAAAUCCUUAGUGCCAAUGGGGUUGCAAACUACAACCUCGGAUUCGACAACUACAACUACAAUUCCAGCCUCGACCCCUCUCUCAGUAACGUCUUCUCAACGGCGGCUUUCCGAUUUGGACAUUCAAUGGUGCCAGAAAACCUUACAAUAGGAAGCGAAGUGGUAGACACUGGUGACCUGUUCAAGAGGACAAAAUACGUCAUCAACAGCCUGGAUGACGUCAUCAGUAGUUUUCUGGGAGCUGCAGGUGAACGUGCUGAUGCGUGGUAUGUCGAUGGCAUGAGGCAGAGAAUGUUUGAGGAGGAUUCAGACACAAAGGACGGUUUUGACAUUGUGAGUCUGAACAUUCAGCGAGGAAGGGAACAUGGCCUCCCUCCUUACAACGACUGGAGAGAAUACUGUGGUCUCGACAAAAUUACCUCCUUCACAUCUGGUACUGACUUCGGAGGUAUUCAAGCUCGCGAUCUUCGGGAUAUAUAUAACAGCGUGGAUGACAUUGACCUGUACAGUGGAGGUAUUGCUGAAGUUCCGUUUGCUGGAGCAGCUGUGGGAAGAACUUACAUCUGUCUGAUCGGCAAACAGUUCGAGAAACUAAGGGAUGGGGACAGGUUCUGGUUUGAAUCUACAGACUCCGUCACUGGCUUCACGUCUGAUCAAAUAACGCAGUUGAAAAGGGCGUCAUUAGCUCGAAUUAUCUGUGACAAUGCCGACAACUUCAGCACCAUCCAGCGGUCAGCCUUCCUCAACGUUAACACUGGAACUGCAAACCAGGAGGUGAGUUGCACUAACCUGAAGGAAGUGAAGCUUCGAAGAUGGAAGGAAUAACUAGCAGCAUGCCCAUACGACGUUGUGUCAGCACUGUUAAUAAACACUUGAACUUGUA